AUGGCACACGAACAGAGCCUAUCUGCUGAGGAGUCUAUAAGCGACGAUGCCAUCUUCAUUGACUCGACGGGUAGUGAAGAGGAGGGUGAAUAUGUUGUAGAGGCAAUUCUGGCAGAGCGUGUGGCCGAAGAUUCAAGCCCACGGUAUUUGGUGAAAUGGGAAGGUUAUGGUGAGGAGAGGUGCGGCAUUGGCAUCUCCUACUACCCGUCCUCAUGUACUUGGGAACCCGCCGACCAUUUUCUGAACUGUGAGACCCUGCAGGACUGGUCAAAGAAUCGCGACGCAGGCGCUGAACUCUCCGACGACUUGAUUGAGAAGAUUAUUACCAAGAUCAACACCUACCACGACGCCAAGGCAGUCCGGAAAGCCCAAAGACAACACAAACGCAGGAGACUGGCGGCUAGACCGGUAAGAUUGUCCUCUGAAUCUAGUACAGCAUCUGUGCCGGCAGCUGCAUCUCAUAAGAAGCAAGGCACGGAAAACCAAGGGCCCCUUGCUCUAACGCCUGGAACUAGGUCUCUGGAGUCUGCUAAAAGGCGAAGGCUUCUUGUCACCAAUCAGGACCUGAUUCCUCUCAAGGCAAAAGGUGAUCGUGCGGAUCGCAGUGUCCAGGCUACGACGACACAACCACCAGUCUUUCAUGGUUUUAGUAUUGGAAGUGCCAAGAGAAGCGGUUAUUCUGCACGCCGUACUGGCAAUCAGCGCGCUUCCAAUACAACCAAUUUUCGAAAUCUACGGCACAUGAAUAACGCUAGGAAACUUGCGCGGAGAGAGCGCUCUCCCGACGUAACCAAGAUCAAAUUGCGCUCUUUAGCAGAGUGGGCAGAGUCGGUACCGGAGGACACGAAUGUGCAGCUGCCGCCAGCUCCUGCUUCGUCCAUUUACCAUAACGAAAGUAUCCUGCACCCAAGCGUCAACUCAGGCCAUUCCACAAUCCGGACAUUAUCCGAUUCGCAUGUGAGCGUGAGACCCACGUCUGACUUGCUUCCAACCACAAAUCCUACCCAUUCUUCCAAUACUGCUACCUCGUUAGAGUUGACGAGCAGGAAAGACAUGAGAGCUCACAAUCGCUUCGAUCCCUUCGAAGGGCAGGAGAAAAAGUUGCGUACUCUGGCCAACGGACGAUUCUUCUACUUUCCUGGCGAGAUUCUGCUGGACAUCCAAUUUGGCAAUGGUCAUAUUGGUGAUGUGCGCAUCAGUGGCUUGCCACCUUGGGCGUUUGGACCGAUCAUAAAACUCAAACAGGGCAAUAAAUUGACACUUGAAAUUGGCUCCAACGACGUUGUAACUCUGGCUCAAUGGGCAGAGUUGUGUACAGGACACUCAAACCACUUCCAGCGCACAGGUGUAAUAAUCCCCUUCCAGGAUACAGCGGACCAAGUGAUAAAGAUGGAAGAUUAUUUACAUCAGUAUACCCUCGCCGCGUUAUGGUACCACCCCACGGAAGAUAUCACACUGGUCUUCUACUCUCCUCGUUCAGAGGGAUGGAUGUUUUUGGAAAGAAUGGGAGGAUUGCCUUUUGACGACAAGAUCAGAGUACUUACACGUAACAGAAUGCCCCCUACAAAGAUGCUUCCAGUAGCAAGAAAUACAGCAGCAGGCAAUCCUGCCUCUGCAACGGUCGGAGCGCUUCAGAGACCUCUUCAGGCCACACCACUGGCAAACCCCACGCCCAACGAUGCGGCUGAUGAUGUAACAGCUUCCGAUGGGUUGACUGAAUGCAAAAGUAUCCUUUCACCAUUUCCCUUCGGAAACAAUUGCGUUUCUACAACUGCCCAUUCGUCAGACCCAGGACUUCGCUCUGAGAAUAAGUUGCCAACCCCGGAGAGGAGAAGUCAUCUCAAUGCGCAACCAAGCCUGAAGGGCACACAUACUAUCGAGGAUGCCACAGGUUGUUCUGUGUUGCUUCCAUCGGGGAAGGGCAAUCCACGAGAACCGGAGUCACUUACUACUGAAGCCUAUCCGGGAACUUUUCGUCUCCCGCUGCAGGCAGGUCAGGCAAUAGGAGAGGCCUUCCAGAAUGCGUUUCGCAUCUCGUACAAGCAUCUGACAGCCGUACCCCCCUCGAAGCAUAUUGAUCGAAAUCCAGCCAAGGCCAGGUUUUUCCUCGUUUAUCCCUCAGCUGCCCAAGCAGAGUUAGACAGCCUUCAGAAAUUCCUACGAUCAUACACGUUUCACACUAACAUCUGUACUUCAAUGGAUGAGAGAGGCUGGGAUGCUUUCCGCAACAUCUUCAAUGGUGAUCAUGACAUUGGUGUUAUCCUCUUUCAUGAUGAUUGCACUCACUAUCACGCACUUCCCCGUCUAGCAAGCCUGCUACGCUCGGCCUCGUUCAAUGUCUUCAGGAUAUCCCUGGCAAGACCCUUGAGAUGUUGUGACGAUAUGAGCCACAUUGAACGCCUAUUUCCAAGUGGCAUGGCUAUCCUUCUCACUGAAUCAGCGUUAGUCAGCGAUGGACCUGCAAUACUGAAAUGGUACCGCCACAAGAAGCGAGGGUCCACGUGGAAGCUUGUGCUGCCUCCCAAUGUCAAGAACUGGCUGAGGCGAAAGGCCUUGCAGGCAGACGUUGAGGGAAGAGAACGGUUCAUUGAGAUGCUACAACUGGUGACGGCGUUAGCUCCUGGUUUUUCUGCCUUACGACACCAUUCCAAGUCAGAUGGGGGCUCGUCCUCGGAAGCUGAAUCACUUGACAGCUUGAGCGAUAGCUCCGAGGGCCCCCGGACGCUUCUUUCCCCUUCCUAUAUUCCACCAUAUGACAGGCCUCCGACACCCACCGCGACCUGGUCCGACGAAACUUGGAAAAAUCAUGUGUUGAUAGAGUACUUCGCUGGCUGGGCUGUGGCACAUGCUAGCGCUCACCGCAAGUUCGUUGCAAUAAGCACAAUCUCUGACAAAACGUACAGCAAGUGGGGUCAUAUCGAGGUUCUGACACCUGAGAAGUUCAUGCAUAGAGAAGGAAUCAGACAAGAGAAACAAGUCAGCAAAUUGCAGCCUUGA